UUUUGGAAAUAGGCGGGAAACGGACUACGGUCUUGACUGUUUUAUUUCGGCCGUUUCUUGUCGUGUUUCUAUUUUCAAAACCAAACAAGCCUUUGCUCAACACAACGUUAGUGCAAACAACCGCGAGCAGUAUGGAAGCUCAACCAAAUCCUAAUAAGAAGGGCAGGGCCGGUGGGAAGAAAAAGCAGCAGCUCUUCGGUGGUGACAUAGUCUUCACCUCCAAGAAUGGAUCCAUCCAGACUAUACCCUGUCUGAACAAAAAGCUCAAAUCAGUCACUGAUGCUGUUAUUGGCCUACAGUACAUAUGGGAGUAUAGAAGCCCAUCUAAGUCGGUUCCACCCCAUUACCAGUGUAAACUGUGUAAAGUUCAGCGGCUGCAGAAUGAAAUGGCUGCUCACAUCACUGGCUGGAAGCACAGCUUCAAAUACUUGAAGCAGAACCACAAAGACAAGGUUCCCCAUGAGGAAGAGGCUGCACUUAAAGAUCCAGCCAUCAGGAAAGAAAUUAAAGCUGCUGCUGCUGAAGUGGAAAAAGCUGAGGGAAGAGGUCAAAUCAAGACUGUGCUAAAGGAGCCAUUUGAGGUUAUGGCGUUUCAGGACAUGAAGUCUGCACAACCCAAUCCAGCAUUUGCAGGAGCUGCUGGUAUUCUUGGGCCUCCUCCCAGAGGGUUAAAACCAGGUGGUCCAUAUGGAGGUCCCAUGUACAUGGGGGAUUUACCACCCCGGGGUGGCAUGAUGCCUAAUUUCUCCCCUGGCAUGCGUGGGGGUAUGGAUGAACCCCCCAUGAGGAGAGGUUAUUCAGAUAUGGGAGACUUCACUAGCCCAGGUCGCUAUGGUAACAGCAUGCCUGGACCAGACAGGGGAAUGAUGGAAACAGACAACAUGCAACAUUUCCCUGACGAUGGACCCAUGCGCAUGGGCCCAGAUGGCUUUGGGCCUGGCCAGCGUAAUGAAGGCAGGGGCAGACCUUUCCCUAAUGACAUGUCCAUGAACAGCAGUGGUGACAGAUUGUUGGGACAUGGCCCUAAAGGCCCGGAGAACAAUAGCCUCCCUGCAACACUGCUCAAAUAUCUGGACUCUUUUCGUAUUGAAAACGAGGACGAUGCUCAGAUCGUCUUGAAGGUCACACAGAAGCUCACAGAUGUUCUGAUGGAGUAUCGCCUCAGAAGUAUUUCAGCGGUGAAGGAUUUCAUUUAUACUCUACAUUUAUUAGGCUAUACAUUUAUUGUUAUAUUUGAUUUUUAUUAUUAUUUAUAAAAAAUCAUAUUUACUAGCUCAGAUCAAACUCAAGAAUUUAAUUGGAAUUUUAAAUGUAACUAAUUCUUAAUGCCACACAAUUCUGAUCAUCAUUUGAAAAUAUUUGACUGUAGAAUAUCAGUUGUUCCAGAGUGCCAUGUAAUAGAAACAGACGACUAGCCUGUAGUUAUGUAUAAGAUUCAAUAUAAGAUAGGGGAUGGCCAUUUCGGUUAAUUUUCCCGAUCGACAACCUUUACUUGUUAUCUGGACAUUAACCGUUAACUGAUAAGAUUAGAAUAAUAAAUUAUUCUUAAAUAAAAAUAGAACGCAUGAGUGUCUGUGACCCAUUAAAAAAAAAAAAAAAACUAAAAAAAUUUUUCACUGGUUUAUUUUAACGUGCAAACAGCAGCAUACAGAA